CCACGUCAACAACCAGGUUCACAGAUGGGCCAGACAACCACGCACAAACAACAACCAGGUUCACUGAAGGCAGAGGAAGAGGACCACGUCGGACAAAGUAGUCAUUCUGGCUUCAUAAUGCGCGAGGUGGGAAAGUUGAGAUACAUCUCCGUCGGGAUUGGAGUUCUUUUCUUUCUUUCGUUGGGUUCUUGCCGGAAUUGCUAAGGAGAGUAUUUUGCUAUCUGCGCGUGAGUUCUUCAUUCAUCUGGCGGCGGCGCAGGGUGGAGUAUGAGGUUCUAGCCGAAGAUUCCUUCGGCUUUUCAUGCCAACGUUCCGCUGCCACUCGCCGGAGAUGGGAGGCCGCCGCGGCCUGUACGGCUUCGUGCUCUUUUUCGCCGCCGUGCUGCUCCGUGUGCACGACGGGCACGCCCUGAACCAGACGUGCGACGCCAAUGACCUGGCGGCGCUCCGGGCCUUCUACGACGGCCUGGACGGGAAGGGUGCCGGGUGGGGCGGCGGCGGGUCGUGCUGCUCCUGGACAGGCGUCUCCUGCCACCUCGGGAGGGUGGUGGGGCUGGAUCUCUCCAACCAGAGCCUCCGAGGCGUCAUCUCCCCAUCACUCGCCUCCCUCCACCACCUCGCCACGCUCAACCUCUCCCGGAACUCGCUCCGCGGCCAGGCGUUGCCGGGGCUCGCCGCGCUCCCGGGGCUGCGGCUGCUCGAUCUCAGCGCCAACACGCUCUCCGGCGCCUUCCCGUCAAGCGGCGGCGACGGCAUCUUCUUCCCGGCGAUCGAGGUGCUGAACGUCUCCUUCAACGAGUUCGCCGGGCCGCACCCCACGUUCCCCGGCGCCACGAACCUGACGGUCCUGGACUUCUCCCGCAACGCCCUCUCCGGCAGCAUCAACGCCACCGCGCUCUGUGGCGCGGCACCGCUCAGUGUCCUGCGGCUCUCGGGGAACGCGUUUUCCGGCGGGAUUCCCGCUGGCUUCGGCCGGUGCGAGGUGCUCGCCGAGCUCUGUCUCGACGCCAAUGGCCUAACGGGCAGCCUUCCCGGCGACCUGUUCGAGAUGCCGGGGCUGCAGACUCUGAGUUUGCAGGAGAACAGCCUCUCCGGUGGCAUCGACAACCUCGGUAACCUCUCGCAGCUGGUGCAUAUCGACUUGUCGUAUAACAGGUUCACUGGCUUCAUCCCUGACAUCUUUGGGGGGUUGAGGAGGCUGGAGUCCUUAAACUUGGCCUCCAAUGGCUUCGAUGGCACAUUGCCCGGUUCCCUUUCAAGCUGUCCGACAUUGAGUGUGCUUGUCCUAAGCAACAAUUCGCUCUCUGGCGAGAUUGCACUUGACUUCAGCUUGCUGCCAAGGCUGAACAAUUUUGAUGCUGGAACAAACAAGCUGAGUGGUGCUAUACCUGCUGGCCUUGCCUGGUGCGCCGAGUUGAGGAAGCUAAACCUUGCAAGGAACAAGCUUGAGGGAGAGAUACCGGAGAGCUUCAAGAAUUUGACUUCACUAUUGUACCUGUCGCUGACAGGGAACGGCUUCACGAACCUAUCAUCGGCAAUGCAAGUCCUGCAGCACCUGCCCAAACUGACAAGCUUGGUGCUCACGAAGAACUUUCAUGGGGGUGAGAUUAUGCCAAUGGAUGACAUCAAAGGGUUUAGAAGCAUCCAGCUGUUUGUCCUGGCUAGUUGCGCACUCUCGGGCAUGAUUCCACCUUGGAUGCAAAGCUUGGAGAGCCUCAGAGUGCUGGACAUUUCGCGGAACAAGUUGAGUGGAAAGAUCCCACCAUGGUUAGGCAAUCUGAAUAAUCUCUUCUACAUUAACCUGUCAAACAACUUGUUUAGUGGGGAACUUCCUGAGAGCUUAACACGGGUGAAGAGUUUAAUUUCAAGUACUUAUUUGAGAGAGAAUGCAUCAAUAGAGGACUUCGAAUUUUCUAUCAAAGGUUUGCAGUACAACCAUGUCAGCAGCUUCCCACCGUCUCUGAUCCUCUCUAGUAACUUGCUUGUUGGGCCAGUCUUGCCUGGCCUUGGCCAUCUUGUGGAUCUUCAUGUACUGGACUUGAGCUGGAACUAUUUCUCAGGGCACAUUCCUGACGAGUUGUCAAACAUGUCGAGCCUGGAAGUAUUGAAUUUUGCCCACAACAAUCUCACUGGGAGCAUACCAUCAUCCCUAUCAAAGCUGAAUUUCCUCUCCCGGUUUGAUGUGUCAUACAAUAGCCUCAUUGGAGAUAUUCCAACAGGGGGGCAGUUUUCUACAUUCAGUAAUGAGGGUUUUGUGGGCAAUGCUGCACUCUGCCUUCUUGGGAAUGCCCCCUGCUCUGCAAAUGCUCCAUCUGUAGGAACAGGAAAUGACGGCAUGGAUACCCUAUCCGCAACGCCAGCAAUGACAUACAUCACCGUGGAAGUGGGAUUCACUUUCGGGCUUUUGAUCGUCUGUAACGUACUAUUUUUUGCAAGGGCUUGGAGGGCUGCAUAUUUUCUGGCGGUUGAUAGGUUAUUUGAUAUGCUAUAUGUAAUGACAAUGGUGAAGGUGAACAAGCUCAGAAGAAAAUGGGAUGGUAAAGAUCAUCCUUAAAACAGGUCACAGAUGGCUCCUUCCAGAUUCUAUGCAGGGGGACUUGUGUGCAAAUGUUCUUUACUUCACAUGCAUGUUGUCUCUUUUUUUUCUCUUUUUUUAUCAGGAAAAUGCAAAAAAAUAUUUGCGUUUCAUUUCAUUGAAUAGAAGGAGAAUAGUUUGUUGUUACAA